AACAAGACAUAGACGUAUCAAUUACUUCAAGCAUCUUGAAGAUAAGAAAAGGACUAGAAAAAUGGGCAAUUUUCUUAGGAGAAGCAGCGCAGUGCACCCGGUUCUCGGCGGCGACGGAGUGCGAAGAGAAAACGUGGAGACCGGAGGGAAGAAUGGUUGUUUAAGGAUAAAAGUGAGGAUGAGAAGAGAUAAACUUGAAGAGCUUUUGUAUUUGGCUCGUCGUGGUGAUCAGUCUGACGGUGACGGUGGUAAUAUUGGUAUCUUGAUUCUUAAAGAAUGUAUGGAAGGUCGCUUACCGGCGAGGGUUCUUAGCUCCGAUGAAUAUGUUUCGCCUCAACCGUGUGAAACCUACUUGGUAUCGAGAAGAUUGAGUUCCAUCAAAGAGGAAUAAUUGAAUGAGUAUGUGCUUGUAGAAUAUGUACUGUCGUCUUGAUUGCCCUUUUUACACAAAAGAAAUAAUAGGUGUCUUGAUUCUUGAAUAUAAACAUAAGCCUAAAGUACUUGAAUUUUAGAUAAACGACAAUUAAUAACGUUUUUGAGAUUCUUGUUAUGUUAUAUAUGUUAGGCUAAAAAGGAAUAAGAGAGACCAUGUUGUGUCGCAUUUAACGAUACAUAUGCAGAUUUCUACAUUUUCCUUUCGACAAACUACAUAUAAGUUUGCAGCUAUAUGCACACAUUAGAAUGUUAAGAUCUAAAGUAAAAAAAAAAAAGAUGAAAGGAUACCCUACUAUAUAAGUAUCUUGAGUAAUAUCUAGUACUCAUUAUCAGUUACAAAAAAAAAAUAUCUAGUACUCAUUUUUUUUUCUUUUUUGAAUUAAUAUUACUCAUUUUUUACAUGAUAUCAUGCCUAGUAAAUUAAAAGUUGCAAAGUUCGUAGCGGAAACAACACUAAUAUAUAUAAAGUUAUACAAAACAAUUGUUGAAAUUUUGAGUUAGAAACUCAUAAUUAUGAUAAUCAGAAUUUUUAUUUACUCAGGAUAUGUCUUAUUUUUAUAUACAAUUUUAAAAGGGUCAAUUAGCUCAAUAUACAAACUGGGGAAGGAUAUUGCACAAGUGUGCAUUUUUUUUUAUUAAUUUGCGAACAUGAAGAUUCAUCAUCAUAAAAUGACCCUUAUGGCCUCGACAAGAUUUGACAAGCCUAUUUGGGUAGUCCUACUACCAGCUACUUGAGAAGAUAAGAGAUUCCUUUGGGUUUUGACGUAUGAUAGGUUCAAAAGCAAGUGGGUAGAUAGAUGGGUGUCAAUGUGUCAUAUAUCUCCACCACAUUUUAAACCGUUUAUUUUGCAUGUUGACCUAAACAUAAACAGAAAAAUUUCACGACACAAAAUAUCAACAUCUUAAAAUUUACUUGACAAUAAUUUGAAUAAAUAAACAAUACUUGAUUAAUUAUCAAUUUUUUUUUCACACUGAAAAUUAAUUUUUGUUACCAUAUCAAUGAGGAAUACAAGAUCGAGAGACAUACAGCAGGAGGAUAGAAGAAACUCAUCCCCUGAGUCUAAAAGCCCACAAAAGGGAGACUAGAAAGACAUGAAAAACAGAGCAUAACAAGCAAGCUCAUUCUAGAUAACCAAACAACUCUAAGAGACACAAAGACAGAGUCAAAAAGAAAUCAAUAAAUCAAAGAAC